AUGUGGAGAGGAUACGCUAAUUCGAAUGAAUCCAUUGCCUCGUUGGUGAAAAGCACAAUCAAUACCUCCCAUCCUCAGCAGCUGCGAUAUGUCUUACCAAAGUCAGAAUACCAAGAAGCAAGAGGAAGAUUUUCACUCGUGCCGGUUUACAUUACUACCCACUGGAGGCUGUAUGCGUGGAACUACGCCUUCUCAGCAGCGGUGCUAUCUCUCCAGCUUGGGUUCGGCGCCUGGCAAUGCUACAAGUACAGUACAAACGAGGCAGUCAGAGAAGCAUUUGGAUGGGGUGUUCCGGUCGCGAAAUUUGGAGCUGGCGCUCUGUAUCCGACAAUUUUCUUUCUCGUUUUGAGCAUGUCUCGCUGGCUUGCGACUAUCUGUCGCUACGUGGGGGGACAAAGAUAUUUGAACUGGGACAGAAACCGUUACUUCCAUAUUCGCAUGGCGGUUAUGGCACUGGUGCUUUCCCUCUUGCACACCUGCGGGCACAUAAUGGGGACCAUCCCGAGUGCUGUGCAGCCAGAACAUCGGCAGGCAGUGACAGAACUUAUCGGAACUAAGAUCAAGCAUGUUGACUGGACAGGCAUUCUCCUAUCACGCCCCGGCUGGACCGGUGCAGGCGCGCUGCUCAUCUUCAUGAUCAUUGGGACAUGCAGCGUCCCACCAGUACGCAAGAAGUGGUUUGAGACAUUCCAGGUUGCUCAUCUGUUGAUGUUUCCCAUGCUUGUGCUACUUACACUCCAUGGUACGGCAGCCUUGUUUCAAUUUCCUGCUCUGGGGUUCGUCAUGGCAGGACCUCUGGCCAUAAUCCUAUGCGAAAAGCUUGUUCGGGCCAGUCAGCUUCUCAGAAGCCGAGUUGCCCGCAUCAAACCCGUCAGCAAUGACUGUGUUGAAGUCACAAUUUUCACCUCCAGAGGAAAGCGAAGACCAUUUUAUCGUCCAGGGCAAUACAUAUUGGUGCGAGUUCCAAGGUUAUCUCGAUUCCAGUGGCACCCCUUCACUGUGGUACGAGCAGUUGAUGGCGAGCUUGUGGUAAUCGUAAAGAAAAACGGAUGGUGGACUCACUGUCUGCAGGAACAACCAGAAUUCAUGACUGUCAAUCUGGAUGGGCCGUUCGGUGCACCAUGUCAAGGCUUUUGGGAUUAUGACAACUCCAUCCUUAUAGGGAUGGGUGCAGGGCUGACACCAUCUGCUGCUGUCCUAAACGAGCUACUGGCCUAUCCAACACAGCCUUGGAUGACAUGCAGAAGAAAUUCUCAGAACACAAGAUCUAUUGACGAGAUUCGCAAGCGUGUUUGCGUCAUCUGGGUCGUCCGUGAUACGGCCUUGCUUGACACCUUCACUCCGCUUCUUGAGGCGAUCACAUUGCUACCUCAACAAUACAGACUCGAUUUGAGCUGUCGUAUUUAUAUCAGCGAUUCGGGCGCACCCUUUUCCGCAGAUGGCAGACAAACGACAGGACGACCGCUCAAUAGGAAGGGUUCACAGGUUGAGAUCCAUCUGGGAAAACGGCCUAAUUUCGUCAGCAUACUGCGAGACCACCACCACCAGCUUUCCAAGGUACUCAGAGAAAUUGUUCUGCAAACGGGUCAGCCACGAAGGAAUAGGCCAAGGAUUGGUGUCUUCUUCUGUGGCUCACAGAGCGCAAAAUCCGACUUGAGGCAGAUAUGCUUCCAACGCACACUACAAGGUGUCAUAGACGGAAGCGAUCUGGAGUACCAUUUUCACCCUGAGGUUUUCUGA